CCUUAAUGAAUUUGAGAACUAGAGAACUAUUAACUUGAUAUUUUGACUGACAGCAGUCACUGUAAAGUCAGCUGUGGUGGUUGUUGCAUACUCAUUCCACUUCAACUCCAGUCAGGCUCCCCCCUAGUUUCCCAAAUUUAGAUUUUAUGGCUCCAGUUAUAGAGAGUAUGCACUGACGCCACUUUCGCCUCACUUAGAUUGUUAUCUCUUUUUUAAUUUUUGGUUGUCACACCAACAUGGCCCAGUGUGACAAAAGUCAUAAGGUUUAACUGCCUUAAAAGCUGCUCCCCAAGCUAAUGUACAGGGUCUUCAAUGAAGCAGAUCUUGCUGUAGGGCACAAAAAAUAGAAGACUGAGUCUGUGGUUAGUGUGUAUUUAUGAAACCAACAUAAUGUGGAGAAAAGGGAACAGGAAAAAAAGCAGCUAAGAUUUAGGGUGAUCACUGAGUGUAAUUUAAGAGACUAAAGCACAACCACUCCAUGAAUAGCACAUUUCCUUCCUUUAGGACAAUGACUGAGUGCAUGCAUAAUGAUAUGGCACCUGCUACUUUUGAAGUCAUCAGUACAUAAAAUUAAAUGGCUUUCAAACUGGUUUAAAGUGGGUCUCAGCCAGCAUGAGGAGAGGACCCACACAGUCAUAUGACUACGCUCAGUUGUGUAAAUUAAAGAGCUGUCUCCGUCCUCAGAGGCUAGCAAGAGGCUCACAGUGCCAUGUCGGGUUCAGCUUCCUCCCCUCCCCCUUGUCUGCAGUGCUGACGCAUCUGCUGCUUUUGCAUCAAUCAGCAGCCUCUAUAUAGGUAUACUGAGAGUCCCCGCUGAUAGCAGGACUCUCUUUUACUCCUUAGCGUUGCUUUCAGUUUGCAUGCUCACUGGGAUUGUCAGAAAAAGCAGUGAUGAACAUCUGUCCUGUGACUGCUGGGAUACACAAUAGGACGGUAGUCACUGCCAUCUUCCCGCGGGUUCUGCAUUACCUAACCGCAGUGUCUGCGUAAGCACAGACGAAAGGCUUGGGUGUAAUAUAUUGCUGCACAGACAGAGAGUAUGUGUGCACAAGCAUGAAACAGAUGGUGCAACAUUAUGCAUUCAAGGUGCAUAUUGUUUCUAUGAGGGCUAAAGAUAAUUUUGUUUCAUGCAAAGGAUAUUUUUCCUUUGGUCAGCAUCAAUCGUCGGGAUCUAGCUGGUGUGGUGCUCGGAAGAUUUAAUACGGCAUUUGUUGUACAGCAGAGUACACCUUACUCUAUGCUGCUACCAGCAAUGCAGCAGAGUGUCUUCUCUGGCUGUAGCAUCGAGCACAGAGCUGGUAGCACCCAGCAUCUCUCCGCUCUCCCUAAAGCCCUCUGCCAUGCUUAAUAAAAGUUGCCGCUUCCUGCUCAGAGGCUCCAGGCUUCAGUUGCCCAGUUAGCACCAAGGCAGACCUAUAGUCUGGUUUAGCUACAUGCUAGACUGUGAGUUAUUCCAAUAGCUGUAGUAGGAUAGAAGAAGGAUAGUCAGAGGAGGGCAGGGCAGAUCUAGCCCAGGACCUGGGCUGCUUCGAUAGAGACGAAGGACGUUAGAGCUGGAGACAUCUGCACACAGAGAGGGAGGGAGAGGAAGAAACACGCCAGAAAAAGCUCUGCUUCUGACAACACCACUGUUCAGCGACCAUCACAGAAAAAAAACUAGUUUCGCCUUGCUCUCACAAAACUGUUUUUCAUGUGUAGUCGGGUAUAUUGAGGGCUGUAGAAAAGGGAUACUGCAUUGCACUGUUUCCUGUUCGCCCUGCAUCAUUCUCCCUGAUUUACUAAGGAUCUCAGAGAGGACAGGAUAUUUGUGGGAGAGAGGGGGCCGAAUACCCGGACAGCUAACAGUCACUUGCCAUCCAGCUGAAUACCCAAUGACUGUAGUGUCUCCGUGCACUCAGAACCUAAUGGAUAGUGCUCACCCUCACACUGUGCUUAGCAAGCUCAAUGAGCAGCGCUCACAAGGCCUCUUCUGUGAUGUUACCAUUGUGGUGGAGGAUGUUAAGUUUCAAGCCCACAAGAACAUCCUGGCAGCCUGCAGCGGGUACUUCAGGAACGCUCUGACAAUUCCUGAGACAUGGAGCUCUAGCCAAGUGCUGGAGCUGAUGGACCUGAAGUCUGAGGUGUUCGCCAGUAUCCUCAACUUUAUCUACUGCUCAAAGGUGACAUCACCUGGUGCAGAGGACACAGGGGGGUUGGUGGCAGCUGGAAAAAGACUUGGAAUUCCUUUUUUAGAGAAUCUUGCAGAACAAGAGAAGCUGGACGACUCCAGCACAGCCCCAGUGAUAAAAAAAACAAAGGACGCUCCCAGGCCUAAGGACAUUGACAGAGGGCCACGCAUCACCAAUGCCUUCUCUAUCACUGAAGAGUGUCCUGGGAACAAUCUUUUCACCCCACUGGUUCAAACCAAUGGGGAGAGGCAGUCACCAGACAUGGGACAGCUCCCAUCAAGUUGCUCCACAACCUCCUGCCUCAACGGGAACGAGACAACCCAAGCCCUCUCAGAGCACUCAUAUGCAGUAAGUAAAUCUACUGAAGGCAAAGACAGCAGUCAGUGGGACAACAAGAAGGUCUGUAAGCCAGCAACAUCUCAGCCAAAGCAACUCAUUUACAGCAACGCAGGUCCGCUUAAAAAGCGCCACAGGCUGACAAGCACAUUGUGUCGAAGUAUACUUCCAACUCCAGCUGAACCACAAACAGAUAAACCAAAUACAAUAACCUCCACAUUAACUGAUGGUGUUUCUGCAGCACCUGUUGCAGUCAUGACACCACCUCUGCUUUUUUCAGAGGCAGAAACAGAAAAAAGUAUAAGCCCAGGGCUACCUAUAGCCACUGACAAUGUUCAAAUGGAGUUAGGUCCACCAACCUCUUCCCCUGAGGACAGCAUUUCAAUCUAUGGAUGCAGCCACUGUCCGGAGAUAUUCACAAAUAAAGCUCUUCUCACCAUUCACUCAGAGGUACAUAAAAAUCGUUUUGUCAGUCAUUUGUUUUGCAAGUUUUGUCAGAGAAAGUUCAUACACCUCAAACGGCUGCGCAACCAUGAGCAGGUCUGCCCCAAAGCUGUAAGAGACCCACCUAAACUGGAUGCUACUGACAUAUCAACCAAGGAGGUGGAACUCCAUUCAGAUGACAUGCCAAACACGGAGAGCAUUGUGACACAGCUUCCUUCUGCUGACCUCUCCACCCCUUACACCCCAGAGCCCCUUCAAAUGGACCAAUCAGAGCCUCCACAGAAUGAGAAGGCAGUGAGGCUAGGUAGCAGUCAGAGGAGAUACAACUGCAGUGUGUGUAAACGGGUCUACGUCACACUAUCCAGUCUGAAGCGGCACGAGAAUGUACAUUCCUGGCAGAGGGCAUACCCCUGUCAUUAUUGUAAUAAAGUGUUUGCAUUGGCAGAGUACCGUACGAAGCAUGAAAUCUGGCACACAGGUGAACGCCGCUAUCAGUGCAUUUUCUGCCUGGAGACAUUCAUGACAUAUUAUAUCUUAAAGAACCAUCAGAAGUCUUUUCACGGCAUUGAUCCUAGUUUAGUUGUUAAGAAGAAAUCCGCCAACGGUGGUCUGAAAGCCAGUGUUUAUCCAAUCAAACUCUACAGGCUUCUGCCUAUGAAGUUUAGAAAGAGACAAUACAAGACGUACAGUCAGACAUAUUCUGAGAGUGUUGAAAGAGGGGAUGAAGCCCCACCAGACAGCAACUCUCUUAUCCCUCCAUUUGAAGAAAACAGUCUGAUCAGCCACCCUGAUACUGGUUCAUUACCUCUCACAUUCAUGGCAACGACAACGAUGGUGGCACCUGUCAUGCCUCGCAUCAGCUUUGGCAAGCCAUGUGACCAAGAUGUUGACCAAAGUCUGAACAGUGAUUUGGAAAUUCAGAGAGGCACAAGAAAAGAGGCUGAGAAUAGAGAUUUACCCUUAACUGACUACGACAGUACCUUCUCUUUGCAACUCGAGUCUCCAGCAGUGGGUUAUGAUGAUCCUCCAGUAAGUAACUCAGAGCACCUUAGUCAUAAUGUGCCAUUCUUAAACUCUUUGAACACUGUUAAAAAAUUAGGUGAGCUUUCAGCUUCUGCGAAAAGAGUUGAAGAUAUGACCAAGGAUAUACUUCAAUCAAGCACUGAUAAUCUGGUGCGAGAUAAAAAGGUGGGAGCAACGACAGAAACCUAUAUCGCCAAACCUGCAUGCCCGGGUCCAUCUGUCGAUGGUGGUGCAAUGCCGCUCUGUCAGAUAACAGUGAAAAUAGGCAAUGAAGCCAUCAUCCGCCGCCGUAUCAAAGGAUCUAAGCUCUUCCCCAGAAAGAAAAGGAGAAUGAGAGAACUAAGUGAGGAGGAGAGUCCAAGUCAGUGCCCUCCAACACGAGAAAGCUCAGAUAACCCCAGGCUCCGCCUGAGAACAGAAGUCACUUCUGCCACAGAGCCAGAGACAUACGAUGAUCCCAACGACUGUGACACAGCUGAUAUGCUUUGGCGCCCCUACUACUCUUACAAAGCUAAAAAGAAAAAUAAGUUGAGAUUCAAGCACAGAAAGGCCUUGUUUCAUGGUUAUCCUGAAUCAUCUGCAGAUAGACCUGCUGCAAGUGAGGCCCACCUUGAUAAAAGUAGUUGGCUGACAGAAGAGAGCAUGUCAGGUGGUAGUGGAGAGGUGAAACGUAGUCUCAGCAGGAACUCCAGCCCAAGGGCCACCUACAACUGUGACAUCUGUGACAGCUCUUUUAUCACAGAGACCGGUCUGAGAGCUCAUGUUAUUGGUUCCCACCCAUGUUUCUGCCGGACCUGUGGUAAACAAGGUCCCCCUGGCGAGGCACCAGCCGGUGGGGAUUACAUCUGCAACAGCUGUAUGGAAAAUGGCUCCUGCUUUGAUAACACACCCCGGAGCCCCAACCCAGAGAAGAAGUAUCGCUGCUCCUUCUGUCCCCAGCGUUUUCUCUACCUUGCCACCAAAAGAAGCCAUGAGAAAAAACACCAGGAGACAAAUGAGGAGGGAUAUAAUUCUGACAACUUCACGCCAUGUUCUAAAUACUCAGCAUACCUAAGUAAAGACAAUAAACAAGACACCAUCAAAACAGAAGACAGCAGCAACCAAGGGGGCCCUGACAUAAAAAGUGAAAGGGUGGAAGAAGGACAUCUUUCCAUUGAUAAAAUUAAGCCUAAAAUUGAGGAUACAACUGACUUUAUGUCUACCUACCAAGACAUGUCAUAUUCCAACAUUAAAAGUCCAUUAUCACCCUGCAUUGACCCACUGUUUUCCCUGACACCCUCAAAGGUGAAACAUAAAAUGGUGAAAAAAAGGAUUAAUGCACAGCAUUCUAUGCAUCUCAUCUCAAAAAAGCAAGCCUCUGACAGAGACAGCGAUAGCAACAAGGGCAUUUUGACAGGGCAAAGAACAACCAGUCACAUCGAUCUUGAGAAGUCCUGUAAACUAUUUAGAAGAAAUGACUCUGAAACUAAAGGCACCCACAUUUCUAUACACAAACCAGAGAAAUGGAUGUGCAAAGAGGAGCCAUUUUUUUAAAUAUAUUUGAGGACUGUAGACGACAAUAGGCAAAAGAGAAAGUGACUGGAACUUGACUUCAAGCUUUUGGUUAGGGAAUUUAAUAGUGUUGUCCUUCCAUCUGA